AUGUCAAGUGAACAUCGAUCAAUGACAAGGUUUGUAGCAUAUGCUCUAUGUGCUGCUGAGGAAGCUCUUAGAGAUUCUAAUUGGUUUCCCACUGAGCAGGAACACAAGGAAAGAACGGGGGUGUCUAUUGGUGGGGGAAUUGGAAGCGUUAGUGACAUGUUAGACUCUGCACAACUGAUAUGCGAGAAGCGUCUUCGUCGACUUAGUCCAUUUUUUGUCCCACGGAUAUUGAUCAACAUGGCAUCAGGUCAUGUUAGCAUGAAAUAUGGGUUCCAAGGGCCAAAUCAUGCUGCAGUCACUGCUUGUGCUACUGGAUCACAUUCUAUUGGUGAUGCAAUGAGAAUGAUUCAAUUUGGGGAUGCAGAUGUUAUGGUGACUGGAGGGACUGAGUCGAGCAUUGAUGCAUUGUCAAUUGCAGGAUUCUGCAGGUCCCGGGCCUUGACUACAAAGUAUAACUCAUUGCCACAGGAAGCAUCACGGCCAUUUGACAGUGGCCGAGACGGGUUUGUGAUAGGAGAAGGUUCUGGAGUCUUGGUCUUGGAGGAACUUGAGCAUGCUAAAAAUCGAGGAGCCAAAAUCUAUGCAGAGAUUCGUGGCUAUGGGAUGUCAGGGGAUGCAUAUCACAUUACUCAACCUCCUAGUGAUGGGAGAGGUGCCAUUCUGGCCAUGACUCGUGCUUUAAGACAGGUUUUUUAAUCAUCCUAUGUUGAUUUGUAUUUUCUACGUAGCAUUAGAGGUUUUAUGUUUGCUAAGCUGCCAACUUAUCAUGUAUGCAUGUUGUGACUAUAUUUUUCCUUUCUCCCCCACGUUUUAUAUAUAGUAUUAUCCAACAAACUUCAUACUCCAGAUGUCAUGUUUUGAGCGUGACAAUGGUGUUGAUUGAGAU